GGAGGGAGGGGGGGUGCAGUCAGCUGGGCGCGCUGUGGGGUGCGGGAGCUGCAGCGGCGCAGAGUCGACCCCGGCGGCCGCCAUGCCCGGCAUCGACAAGCUCCCCAUCGAGGAGACGCUGGAAGACAGCCCCCAGACACGGUCUUUGCUGGGAGUAUUUGAAGAAGAUGCUGCUGCAAUUUCCAAUUACAUCAAUCAGUUAUUUCAAGCCAUGCACAGAAUAUAUGAUGCACAGAAUGAAUUAAGUGCAGCAACUCAUCUGACUUCAAAGCUUCUGAAGGAAUAUGAGAAACAGCGUUUUCCACUAGGGGGAGAUGAUGAAGUUAUGACUUCCACUUUACAGCAGUUUGCAAAAGUGAUAGAUGAGCUCAGCUCUUGCCAUGCAGUACUUUCAACUCAACUUGCGGAUGCAAUGAUGUUUCCUAUUACCCAGUUUAAAGAAAGGGAGCUAAAAGAGAUAUUAACUCUAAAAGAAGUUUUCCAAAUUGCAAGCAAUGACCAUGAUGCUGCCAUUACCAGAUACAGUCGGUUGUCAAAAAGAAGAGAAAAUGAAAAGAUCAAGGCGGAAGUUACAGAAGAUGUAUAUACUUCUAGGAAAAAACAGCAUCAGACUAUGAUGCAUUAUUUCUGUGCAUUAAAUACUCUUCAGUACAAAAAGAAAAUUGCCAUGCUAGAGCCCUUGCUAGGAUACAUGCAAGCUCAGAUAAGUUUUUUUAAAAUGGGUUCAGAAAAUCUUACUGAGCAAUUGGAAGAAUUUUUGACCAAUAUUGGCACAAGUGUACAGAAUGUUCGCAGGGAAAUGGAAUGUGAAGUAGAAAACAUGCAACAAACUAUAGAGGACUUGGAAAUAGCUAGUGACCCACUGUAUUUGCCUGAUCCAGAUCCUACGAAAUUUCCUGUUCAUAGAAAUCUAACACGGAAAGCUGGGUAUCUCAAUGCAAGAAAUAAGACAGGGCUGGUAUCUUCCAGUUGGGAGAGACAGUUUUACUUCACUCAAGGUGGAAAUUUGAUGAGCCAGGCAAGAGGUGACGUAGCUGGGGGACUUGUCAUGGAUAUAGACAAUUGUUCUGUAAUGGCUGUGGACUGUGAAGACAGACGGUACUGUUUUCAGAUAACAUCUUUUGAUGGUAAAAAGUCUUCAAUCUUACAGGCAGAGAGUAAAAAAGAUUAUGAAGAGUGGAUAUGCACCAUAAACAACAUAUCGAAACAGAUAUAUCUAAGUGAAAACCCUGAGGAAAUUGCUGCACGUGUAAAUCAGUCAGCUCUGGAGGCUGUUACUCCAUCUCCUUCCUUUCAGCAGAGGCAUGAGAGCAUGCGGCCAACUGUACAAUCUCGUCCUCCUGCAGCUCGUACUAGCAGCACAGGGUCACUGGGAUCUGAAUCGGCAGCGUUGUCGGCACUUUCCUUGGAUUCACUUGUUGCCCCUGACACUCCUAUACAGUUUGACAUAAUAUCUCCAGUUAGUGAAGAUCUGCCUGGUCAAGCAAAAUCUUCAGGGCAAUCGGGCAGACGCACAAAUCCUUUUGGUGAAUCUGGAGGCUCAAAAUCUGAAACAGAAGAUUCAAUUCUGCAUCAGUUAUUUAUUGUAAGAUUUCUUGGCUCUAUGGAGGUGAAGUCUGAUGAAAGUCCAGAUGUUGUUUAUGAAACAAUGCGUCAAAUACUAGCAGCUCGCGCCAUCCAUAACAUUUUCAGGAUGACGGAAUCACAUUUAUUAGUCACUUGUGACUGUUUAAAGUUAAUUGAUCCACAGACACAAGUUACAAGACUACGAUUUCCUUUGCCCAAUGUAGUCCUGUAUGCUACGCACCAGGAGAAUAAGCGCCUUUUUGGAUUUGUGCUUAGGACUUCAGGAGGGAGAGUUGAGAGCCGCCAAACUUCUGUCUGCUAUAUAUUUGAAUCAAAUAAUGAAGGGGAAAAGAUUUGUGACUCUGUUGGACUGGCAAAACAGAUAGCUUUUCAUGCAGAACUGGAUCGAAAAGCAUCAGAAAAGCAGAAAGAAAUAGAUAGAGUCAAAGAGAAACAACAAAAAGAACUGAAUAAACAAAAACAAAUUGAAAAGGACUUAGAGGAGCAAAGCCGGUUGAUAGCUGCUUCCAGCAGAUCGAACCAGAGCAGCGGAGAAGGACAAUUUGUAGUCCUUAGCAGCAGCCAGUCAGAAGACAGUGAUUUAGGAGAAGAUGGAAAGAAGAAGAGAGAAUCUGAAGCCUAAGGUUGCCUACUUUAAAAUUGGAAUCACGGAUGUAUCUGGUGAAAUGGCACAAGUUCUACAAGAAGUGAAACGUAGCUGGAGGGUCUGUUGUAUUAUAUAAAAUACUUCACAAUAUGUAGACCCUAUUAUGCCUUGAUUUUUCUUUCCAAUUAAGUGAUUUCCAUUUUCAUGUCAGUAUAAUUUCUCUUCUAUAUGCCAGAUGAAGCAUGGUGAUGCCACCAUGUUUAUUACAAAAUUAUGUUUUCUCAAGGCUUCUCUGCAGUAUGGAAAAAACCUGUGGGGUUUUUUUCCCCACUUACCUCUCUGUGCAAUUGACUGCUCUUGAAGCAAAACUUAAAACUCUCAUUGGACUUCAGCAGUACACUGAAAUUUGUUCUUUACACUGCAGUAUGGAGAACACCUUGCUGGAAAUAAAAGUAGAUGUCCAAAUAAGACAGUGCUAAGCUUUACCUAAUUUGUUGCACAUAACUGCUCUUAGAUUUAGAAAGACAAAUCCUUAUUAACAUCAGUGAGAUGUGCAAUAGUUUUAGACAGAAAGAUCUUAUUUUUUGUUUUAUAUUGCACUGUAUGAUACACUCUUUUUUUUUAUGAAUAUAAUGCUGAAAGACUUCUUUCAACAGGAGAAAAAAAAUACUGUCAGGCCUAGAUAAGAGCUGAUGAGACACAGUUGCACUUUGCUGCAUGAGGAAUGUAUAAGCAUUCCUUAUCAAAUGAUAAGAACAAGGUAUAUAUUCUUGUAGCACAAGUGCCAUGUUCUUGGUUUUCCCCAGUACAUGUAAUAAAAAGCUGUAAGUUCACUUUUUAUAAAACAUGCUUAGAGUUGCAGGAACAUCUUGAAUCCCAUCAUUUGAAAUAAUCUUCUGAAUAUGUAAAUGCCUUGCCACCAGUACACUGAAAGUGAGUUGAGGCUCUUUAAGUCUUUUUAUGGAAAUUGAUUUUGCAAACAGAAUUUACUAGUUCUGAAGUAAGAGAUUAUGCUAAUCCUACAUGCUAGAGUCAAUCCCAUAAAGCAUUUUUCAAAGCAGUGUCUGUUUACAGCUGUAAUCUGAACUCCGUGUUCCAUACCCUGUGUAAUAUUUAUUUUGUAUAGUACUAAAUGUGCAUUCACCUUUUGAUCCAGAAGAGAAAAUGUGUUUGAAGAGAAAUAUUUAUUUUUGCACUAAUUACUAUAAAUACUAAAAUCCAGUGGAACAGAUCUCUCUAGUAGUGGCAUGAAAAUAACAGGAAAUGUAGAAAGAGAUGAAUAUGCUUAUACUUCAAGUUAUAAUAUAACAGUUAUGAGUGUUUUACAGUUCAUUGCAGGGCAUUUCUGGUGUUCAGGAAUGGAAGCAAUUUUCAGAGUAUCUCCCCAGCAGCUGGUGAUGGCCUGGCCCUUGGUAGCUGGAGUUGCUCAGCGCUGGUAAGAAAGUGAGGAAUCUCAGGCUCUCUCUGCUGUAGGUGCAUGGAGAGAUCAGCAUCCUUAGCUCUCCUUGUGCACUGGAGCAGCCCUGUGCAGGCUAAGUAGGCAGUCUGCUCCUGCCUUUGUGCUGGAGACGUGAAUUUCUUUGCAGAAAUUCACUGCAUCUGGCUCCGGUCACAGGAGGGAAGGAGGAGCAGCGCCUGCCCUUGCAGCACCCAGGCAGGACCGAGGGUGCUGCUCUGGAGCUGCUAGUGCAGCAGGAGGUAGAGCAGCUCUCGGAGCAGAUGUUACGGCACCACAGCCCAUGGGAGGGCCUGAGCAGCCUCAGAGGGUCACAGUACCCCUGCCUUAAAAGAGGAGGCGGAUGGGGAGGCUGAGCAGCAGAGAGCCUCCAGGUUCCCUUCCUGAGUUAGUUAGCAAUUCCUGUUCCAGCACAUUUUUCAUCCCCAGAGUAGCCAUUCAGUACAGGUUUUGCUGUUGUGCUGUCAGGCCAAAUGGUGUUGGCUUGUGGCCAAAUUUGGCUAGCAUACUGUCACAUGGACCACACAAAUCUGAGGCUUUUUUCUAAAAAAGAGUGGCAUUUUUAUUUCAUAUAUAGUCUUCUUUUCUCACCUCUCAUCCUUAAGAGACUUUUUAUUCUUGCCAGCAAAAAUAUACAGAGAGGCAGCAAAUCCAAUUUUUUUCCUUUUUGUUCCUACUAAGUCUAGGCUUACAGAUAGUUCCACAGCAGCCAGUUUGUCUCUGCGAGUUGUUCCAGUUCAUCUUUCUUUCUCUUGUUUUUUGGGGUUUGUUUUUUAGUUUUUACUUACUGACAUUUCUGUUUUCUAUCAAAUAAUAUGACAUCAUAGCUUAAGGUUACUGUUUCUCAAAUACAUGCUGAAGAUGAAGUAGUUUUGAAACAGCACAGGAAGAACAUGAAAUCAGUGGGCUCUAGUUUCUAGAACCUAGUCCCUCAGCUUGUCCGAGUAGGAUUGAUUAGUAGGAUUGGUUUAUCUGCAACAGCCCUAGCUCCAUAGAGAAGACGGUUAGUGGAUUAGCAAUCUCAGCAAAAAGCAUUUCUGAUGUGCAGCCUGUGUUGCAUUAGCCUUACUGAAGAAAUGUCAGAAAAUUGAAUUACUCUAUUUUACUGAAACUAUUACUGUUUUAGACAUAAAGCUGCAAAGAUGAGGAAAAAAAGCGGGAGAAAGAAAGUUGGCAGAUGAAUUUACUGUCAUAUGGGAUUUUUCAGAUUUAACAAUACAUAAUUAGAAUUAUCCCAUUUGCUUUUCAGGCUUUCCAUCUAUGCCAUUAAAUGUAGUUUUCUAAAACAGACAGCAUGGAAUUGAAGUGCAUUUCUUUUGUAUUGGAUGAUUCUCAUCUUAACCACUAAAAAAAGGGAAAUGAAUUGAGAGAAUGGUUAAAGAAAACAGAUUGACAUGCAUGAAUGAACUGAGGGGGGUUUUUUUUUGCUUGUUUAGGCAAGUUUCACUGGUGUGAAAUGAGCAAAAAAGAUAUAAACGCAUCUGGGAGAGUGACAAAAGCUGCAAGAGCAAACAGCAGGUCAGAAGAGACGAGGAAGUUAAACUGGAAUGGUGCAAUGAGUUAGCAGUGGGCUGAGAAUUACUGAGAUUUGCUUAAGGGGAGGAGCACCUGGCUCUGUAAUUUGAACUACCUCAAGGCAAAAAUAGCUGCUGAGGUUUUUUUUAUCCAUGCCCUCCUCUCCAAAAUAAACAACUAUUUGGUAUUCUUUUUCCUAUGAGGUUUAGAACUACUUCAUUGGAAAACAUUUUUGUUAAUUAAAAAAAAAUAAAAUUAGAGUGCUUAGUAUUUUCCUUGAGAGUAUGACUUUUAAUAUAAACACCUCAUGUUCUCCUGGGAACUGCUGCAGUAAGAUUUCACCACCUGAGCAUUUUUUAUUUUAAGUAUAUUAUUACUGGUUGGUUCCCACUCCUGUAAUUUAUUUCUCUCAUUUAGUAUUUCCUAUUGCCUUUUGCUUACAGACGGAUCUUUCAAGCACUUCCAGCUGAAGCUGUAGGCUUCACAUGAAUCUACUAUUAUUUCAGACACUCCUGAAAAUAUUCUUUCAAGUACAUGAUUUUAAAGUGACUUUGCAUAGGUACUGAACCAGCACUGUUAUUUGGGCCUAACUUUUUAUGUUGCUAAUUGCAGCCUCAUAGUUACUGCCACAUUUUUUCCCUUUGGUAAGGGGAUAGUAAGUUUGUUACACUAUGUAGAUUUACACACUGCAGACGAAGCAAGUCUUGCUGUCAGUUGUUUCAGGCUACGUACAUUCUUUAUGUAUGUAAUGGUAUGGAUAUCAAAGUAUAUAAAGUGUGCUAAUGGGUACGCAUUUUAUUGCAUUAUAGAUAAUAGCUAGCACUCCCCCAUGACCAUUAACAGAUUUCCCCAAGUCUAAAUCAGAGGACAAGUUAAGUCUCAUAUACAACUUGGCCAUAUAUAACUGGUUAUGAGUGGGUAGUGUAAACUAAUUUGAAUUUGAUAGUCUAUUACUUCCUUAAUCUGUUUAGGUUUGAAAUUGUAUCAGGACAAUUUACUAUCUAACAAUAAAGUAACACUUAAGAGUUAAGGAACAUUCCCCCUCUACAGCACUGUCAGAUUUCAUCUUUAUAUGGAUGUAAACUCAGAGCUGAAAAUCCUGAAACAGCUGAAGCUGUUUAUGAAGAUACAAUUUAUGUACAUUGAUAUAAAGAAGCAAAUUUGACUGUGCCUAUGUUUAAGGCACAUUCUGAUGAAUUAGUUGCACAGAAUUUAGGAGAAGCCAAUGGAGAAGACUAUAUUACAAUAGUCUCUUGUUAUUUCAGAAAUAGUUCAUAUAAAGAAAACCUGCCUCUUUUUAGUGAAUUUAGUAGAGAUACUGUCUAGUCUAACAGCAAGAGCUGCUAUUUUAUAUUCUUUCUGUUGCUCUAUUUGACAAAAUUUCUUGCAAGUCAAUUAGUCUCCAAGGCUUUUGAUUUUAACCAAGCAGUAAGUUGACUUUUUUUUUUCUCCCUGCCACAGUGGUAUCUAAGUUGUUGUGAGAAGAAUAAGUCAAAAUGUGUCAUUGUGAAUGCACUUGUAUUCCUAAUGAAGUUUAUAUUGCAAGCCAAGGAUUUUGUACAAUCUUUCAGAUCAUUUUUAUAAUAGAGUGGAGUGGUCAAAUUCUUCCAAUGAUGUUCUGGAUUGGUCCUGUUCUAGUGAAGUGUAAGUGAUUUUUGCAAUGUUUGAGACUGACUUGCACAUUUUCCCUGAAUAGCUGUAUUAAAAGCCUCCAGCAGCAUACUUAUGUCAACUUUGAUUGUUGUGUCUUAAUCUUGGAAACAUGGGUAGUAAACAUAUUAUGCCAGGGCUUCAGUCAGCAUUUUGUAGAUUAAAUAAAAGCUUAACUGUAGUAACUUUCUGGGUGACAUUCGUACUGAUGCAAAAGCCUCCUGCAUUUUUCAUAAUACUGACUUCCAGGAAGUACCAUUAUUGGUGACAGUAUGCGUUUCCUUCCAUUAAACGAAGUUUUAACAUGCAGUUAUAUCCCUCUGUUGGUAAAGUGUAUCUUAGUUCUCUUAAUUUUAAUCAUAUUAGCCCGAUAACCUCAGAGAGAGUUAUUGUACCUAGGAAUGCUGAUAACUUACUUUUGCAACAAUCAAAGACUGAACGGUAGAAGAAGAAAAUCCUUCCCAUCCUAGCUGGCUGUUGGUGCAUGUGGUGGUGUAGUCGGAGGACAGUGUGGAGCACUCUGCAGAGCUGUGCUUGCAAUGGUCAGGCACGUACAGAGGCUGUACCAGCACAGCCAUGAACAUGGGUACUGAUAUGUAUCUUCACGGGCUUCAUUAGUUUAUGAUAUGAUAAACACGAUGUAAAAAGCAAUGGCUCAUAACUAUAUUAUGGUUAACUUUGUAUUUUAUAAGGUUUGUAGAUUUUUCUGGGGAAAAGCAGACUUUUGAAUUAUGUAACUUCUGUGAUAAAGAUGCAUGUAUAACUAGAAAAAAAAAAAUCUAUGCUUACUUGAUAAUGAAGGAAUAAAUACUACUAAUGCCAA